UAUGAUCAUUCUAUGUCGAUCUAUUUAGAACAUUUUACGGCUCGCCGUACUGAUAAAAUCUCAAGCAACUGCAGCCAUUCUCGAUUCUGUAAUAUAUAUGAUCCAUCAAAUACUGUCUGCAUUAAUCAUCACAGGUCGUCUCUGCUUAAACCAUUCCUUGCCUAUCGCAGAAAUUUAUGCAUAUCUCAUUACUUGCUGAAUCUUAUGAUGGAUUGUGACGAUGGAACUUUUCAAAACGAUCUGAUUCUCACAGAAAUGCAAUCAAACUGGCUUAUUAAUCGAAUCGAAUCUGUAGGCAGAAUGCGUAAAAAGCGUAGUUCACUGUUUCUGGAACAAGCACUUGCUGAAAAAUGGGACGUUAGAGCUCCUAUUCCAUAUACAUUUGACCCAUCAGUUGCCAACGAUGAGCAACAAAUUAUUCAAAGUGCUCUAAAUGCGAUUGAAUCAAAAACUUGUAUAAGAUUUCAAUUUAUUCAUCACCGCCCUCAAUCAUCGUAUAUUUAUUAUGUGAAAGUUCCUGAAAUGAAUGAAUGUGGAAUAAGUUAUAUUGGGAGAGCAGAUCCAGUGAACCCGGUUUAUUUGAGCUUCCGAUGUUCUGAGAAUAUGGGAAUAGCAAUACAUGAAACCCUACACGUACUGGGGGUUCAACACGAACAACUACGAGGCGAUCGUGAUAAAUUUUUAAAAGUUCAGUGGCAAAAUAUCAAUCCACAACAUUUCGAUAACUUUGUGAUAGAAGAUACAAGGCAAUUUACAAGUUAUGGAGUGAAAUAUGAUUUCUUCAGUAUCAUGCAUUAUGAUCCUUAUGUUGGUGGAGUCGAUCCAAAAAAAUCAACAAUUGUUCCAAGAUAUCAACCAGAAAGAUAUCUUAAAGUCCUUGGUCAGCGCAAAGCCCUGAGUGAUCGAGAUGUUGAACUGCUUAAUGCAAUGUAUUGCAAUGAAGGAUGCAAGGAUCAGAAUGUCUACUGCGGUAUGUGGUCACUAAAGAUGUUAUGUAAGAAACCUGACCAUCACACAUGGAUGCAACAAAACUGUCGAAAAUCUUGUGGUUUCUGUUAA